UCACGUUGAAUCCGAAAGGCACGUUAGUUAUCGCGUGGCGAGUGAUCUGUACAGGUGCAUCAUCAUCAUCAUCCGCACCAUCCGCACUGCCGUGACUGUUUCCGUGACUGUCCCCUCGAUUCGCUCGGCAGUGAAAUGAAGCCGCACUAUAUGCUACUGUUGGCAGUUUUGGUAGGAUUCCAUGCAACCAGCAGCAGUGGGCAGAGCAGCAACGGUACGACAGCGAUAGAUGAUCCCGAUCUGGAUGACAUGGAGUACGAGCGCGAUAACGACGGCGAGUCGCUCAUCCCCAAACCGGUCGUGGUGCGGUCGGACCUAGGCGAUCCCGUACCGACCGUACAGAUCCCGAACAAGGCCGGCGAGUUUGUCACGAUGACGCGCAUGGAUGUGCAAGAGUGCAAGAGCAAUGCCAGCUAUUACGAGGCCACCAAGUACGUGCAGUGCUAUCUGUACCGGGCGAACGAUACGGCAGAUCGCCACGAGUUCCACUUUAAUGGGUUGAGUUCGAUCGUUGCCGCCGGUUACAAGCGCACCCUGCCCACAGCCAUCCUGGUGCACGGGUGGCUCGGCAGUUCGGAAUCCGUCGUGAUAGACCCGCUCGCCAAAGCGCUGCUGGCCCAGGAAAACAAGAACGUAAUUGCCGUGGAUUGGGAGCAGGGUGCCAGCACGCUGCUCUACCCGGUCGCCCGCUACCGUGUGCCGAAGGUGGCCAACCUGGUGGCGGCACUGAUCGACAAUCUCGUGGCCGGGCUCGGCCAGGACAUCAACCAGAUCGGCAUCAUCGGGCACAGCCUGGGGGCGCACAUUGCGGGAAUUGCGGCGAAACGGGUACGAUCGGGUAAGAUCGGUUACAUCGUCGGGCUCGAUCCCGCCUCGCCACUGUUUCGGCUGAAGAAACCGGACGAGCGGCUGUCGGCCGACGAUGCACAGUACGUGGAGAUUAUACACACGAACGGCAAAGCGUUGGGCUUCUUCAGCAACAUUGGCCAGGCCGACUACUAUCCUAACGGCGGCGUUCGACAGCCGGGCUGCGGAUUCAGCCUUACUUGCAGCCAUCAACGCGCGGUGGACUUUUUCAAGGAAUCGCUCAAGAUAAGCAACUAUUACGCCCGGCGGUGCGAUGGUAUCGCGAACCUUGGGCCGACCUGUUCCACCGAUCGGACGGUGCUGGGCGGAAUGAUCUGGAAGUCGUCGAAACCGGCAGGCGUGUAUUACAUCUCGACCGCCCCGAACGAGCCAUUCCUUCGCAGCGGAACGGUAGAAUUGCGACGAAGCGCCUCCUGGAUCCUUCUGCUGCUUUCACUCGCCUCGACGUACAUACGGAUCGCUUAAUCGAAGCUAAAAUACAACAUAUACCAAAAAAACACACACAUAACCCAUCUGAGUGAUGUACGUCGAAUGCUUUUCAAUCGUGCCCGACACUCAUAUGACCAAAGUGGAAAUACCAACAAACGGAGAAGAUUACGCCGAGUGGGGAAUGUUUACGUGCCCUUUGCAUGGGGUACGUUGAGAUUAUUUCAUCGAAAUACGUUAAACUAGCCCAUGGUUGCGCUGGUUAUUGUAGUUCACGAUCACGAAAGAGAAGACAUAUGACACGGAACAUGAUUUUCAAAGAAAUUAAUUCGGAAUCAUCGUAAUGAUUCACUUAAUCGGUCAUCAUGCAGAGCGGUUCAUGAUCUCGAUGUUGUAAUUGUGAUCGAAAAUAAUACAAUUCUACUAAACAAACCGAUUAUGAAAUUUGUAGGUAGAGAGGAUAAAUAUUUAUAAAUAUUUAAAUAUAGAAUAUUUAAUUGCUGGGGUUUGCAUAGCCACUGAGCAGUGGUUCUCAACCUCUGUGGCCCAAAUAGACAUGAUUCGCGGAAAAUACAAUUUUUAUAAAGACAAGCUGAUUGCAAUAUUGUACUGUACUUGACUUUUUUCCUAAGGUGUGAAUUUUGAAAAGUUAUUUGAACAAUAAAUGCUAAAAAGUACUCUUACUAA